AUGGCCGAAAGGGCCUUCCGGUUCCUUGGCUCCUCCGAGGAGGAAAGCAAGGAAAAUAGUGAUGGCGGCGGCGGCGGCUGGAGCAGCGACGACGAAGACAGCAACGGCAGCAGCGCCGACGAGAGCAGCGGCAGCGACGGCGACGGCGACGACAGCAGCGUCGGAGACGUGCCGGCGCGAAGCCCCAAGCGCUUCGUCUCCGAGGAGGACGAACCCAAGACCGACGACGAAGACCUCCGGCUCCUGUUCCAGGAAGAGCCGGAGGAGAACAGCGACGAUUGCUUCUCCUGGGACAGAGCCGACUCCUCCUCGGAAGAAGAAAUCGACUCCUCCUCUAUUGAGGAGGACCCGAUGGACGAAAGGGCCUUCCGGUUCCUUGGCUCCUCUGAGACGGAAAGCAAGGAAAAUAGUGAUGGCGGCGCCGGCGGCUGGAGCGGCGACGACGAAGCCAGCAACGGCAUCAGCGACGACGAGAGCAGCGGCAGCGACGACUACGGCGACGAUAGCAGCGGCGGGGAUGUGCCGGCGCGAAGACCCAAGCGCCGUAGGCAUUAG